CGUGUAUUCGUGUGCCAAAUUGAAUACCGCGUUGGAGCCACAUGGUAGACAUAUUAUUAAUUGUCAUCCGGUAGCAAUGGCACAACUUUUGGCAGCCAGGAGGGAGCUGACCUGUAACUGAAGUCCCGUAUGAAGGCAAAGUUACACAAUUCUUUUUAAAAGACAGUUGAUUAGAGUCUUUGUUUGCUAAAUGUAUAUCACUUCACCACAUUAAAAGGGCAUAACCACAUGGCCAAAUUACAAUCACAUGCUCAGAGUAGUAGACCCCCUUUUUGUGCUUAUAUAAAUGUCCUUGGUUGAUGCUCAUUGCUCACCAAAUUUAGUUUCUCUUUACACAAAGAAACUAAAAGUAAAAACAUAAAAAGCCAUGGCAGCUCUUGCUUGUUCAAAAACCAAGCCUUUUCGAUCGAUCAGUUUGCCAAACAGAUCACACCCCACAACUCAGAGAGUUGAAGAGGUGCUGAAUAAGCUUAAUAAUGGAUUGGAGACAUCAGUUGUUGCACCAACAUGGGAGACAAUUUGUAACAGUUUGCUUGGGUUGGAGGAGUUACAGAAGUGCACGGAUGAUCUUCUUAAAUUGCCUCAAACCUUUCGGAUCAUAUCCCAACGCCAACAUGUUAAAUGGUUUGAGGAGUUAUUGGGAAACUCGGUUAGGAUUCUUGAUAUUUGUGGCACUAUAAAGGAAUUCGUCUCUCAGUAUAAGGAAAAUGUAAGAGCUCUUCAAUCUUCACUCAGAAGACGAAAAGGAGAUUCAAGUGCAGAAGCUGGAAUUGCAAGAUUCACCAGUUUCAGCAAGAAAAUGAAGAAGGACGCCAAAAGAUUAGUCUUGUCCUUGAAGCAAUUAGUGGAUUGUGAGACUCUCACCGCAACAAUAUUCCUGGAAGCAGAUCAGGAGACAAUAGCUGUGAUUAGAGCACUAAGGGAAGCCAAUGCAGUUUGCAUUUUGAUUUUCCAUAUGCUCUUGUCCUUGUUGUCUGUGCCACUUUUGAAGCCCAAGCAGCCAAAAUGGUCAUUGGUUUCAAAACUGAUACACAACGGAAGAACAGAACACGAAGGCCUAGAAAACAGUACGAUCUUGGAAACAAAAGUGGAGACUUUUGAGGCUCAACUUGACGACAUUGAGAAGGGAUUAGAAGGAGCAUUUAGGAGCCUGAUUAGAUCAAGAAGCUCGCUCCUGAAUGCUUUCUCCAGCUAAUCUGGAAGUUCCUACUCCAUUAACUGUAUAAUAGUUCACCACACUGUACAUGGAUAUUAAUUUUGUACUUAUGCUAGAAAUAUAUAUUACACGAAUUGAAAGACUACUCAAAA